CCCUAACGUCAAUUGCUGGUGGGCGUAGCUCUUUGCCGGCCAUGGUUUUCUACGAGACCUUUGUGCUGAUUCAUGGGAAGUUUCCGGCCAGUGAGACCAAGCUCCUCAUGAGGGAGACUGCGAGAGUCAUUGUGGAGCGAGACGGAGCUCUUUUCAGGAUUCUAGAUUUGGGCUGGCGACAUACCGCCAGUUCUAUCCACAAGAAGGGUAUCGGUCACAUCUUCUACGGCAGAUGGUACUCUCUGAUUUGGGGAGGAGGCCCGAAGGCCAAGAAGGAAGUGGAAGAGACGCUUGUGCACAACACCGGCGUGGUCAGGCAGCUCACAGUGCCCAUCAAGAGUCAGAAGAAGUUCUACACGAAUCGAUCUACCUACUAUCCCUUGAUAAAGCCCAUGACGCCUCCGCUUACUCACCAUGUACCGAUGCCAGAUGUGAAAUCAUAAAUUCAAUGUCAGAA